GGAAUAAACGAAACGUAUGGAACACAAGCCAUAAUAAAUAUGCCUUCAAGAAUCUUUUCAGUACUCAGUAUGCAGGAGAGGACAUGGUGGUAGCUAUUCUGAGGGAAACCUCUAACGCGGGAUGCUGCCGACAUAUUCGUGAUGUCUGUGUGCACGUCGCAAACUGGGCAAACACAUCUUAGGAGGGUUCUAGGCUCGCUGUCUACUGAGACGCGGUGUUCUGAGGCCCAGCUAUGGUGCGCUGGGCGUCUCUACUUCCGGCCCCGCCUCGCGCUCGUAGUUGCUAGGAGACGUGAUGUCACCGGAAGCAAGGCCUGGGAUAGGCUGAGGUGAGGGGAAGCCUCUCCCCCUCGGCAACCCCGGCGCCCGCUGCUGGCUCUCCAGCUGUCUGUAGGCCCGGGGGUAAGGGUCCGAGCAAGAGAGCAGGUCCUGACCCCGCCCGCGCACCCGCGCUCCCGCCUGCCCUGCGCUCCUGCUGACACCAGCCGUCCCGGCCAGGGCUACCGGUGCUCUGGCCAACGGGCACAGUUCUCUCAGCCGGCGCUGCCUGCCACGUCCCCGUGCUUGGCCGCUGGCUCUGCGCGGCGGGUGACCUUUCUGAGCCCCGCGCGAUGUGGACUCCCGGUUCCGGGCCGGCGCGAUUUCCUCAGAGCCGCCGGCCCCGAUUCGCGCCGCUCUUGCCGCCGCUCUGGCUCCUGCUUCUGGUGGCCGUGGGGCCGGCGCGAGGCUGGGAGAGCGGAGACCUGGAGUUGUUCGACUUGGUGGAGGAGGUGCAGCUUAACUUCUACCAGUUCCUCGGGGUGCAGCAGGAUGCUUCAUCUGCAGACAUCAGAAAAGCAUAUCGUAAGCUUUCACUAACUUUACAUCCAGACAAGAAUAAAGAUGAAAAUGCAGAAACUCAGUUUAGACAAUUGGUGGCCAUUUAUGAAGUUUUAAAGGAUGAUGAACGAAGGCAGAGGUAUGAUGAUAUUCUGAUCAAUGGACUUCCAGAUUGGCGACAGCCUGUAUUCUACUACAGGCGGGUGAGAAAAAUGAGCAAUGCUGAGCUGGCAUUACUCUUGUUCAUUAUUCUCACAGUGGGUCAUUAUGCUGUGGUUUGGUCAAUCUACCUAGAAAAACAACUGGAUGAACUGCUUAGUAGAAAAAAGAGAGAAAAGAAAAAAAGGACAGGAAGCAAGAGUGUGGAUAUAUCAAAACUUGGCGCCUCAGAAAAAAAUGAAAGAUUGCUGAUGAAACCACAAUGGCAUGAUUUGCUUCCAUGCAAGCUAGGAAUUUGGUUUUGCCUUACGCUAAAAGCAUUGCCUCAUCUAAUCCAGGAUGCUGGGCAGUUUUACGCUAAAUAUAAAGAAACAAAAUUGAAGGAAAAAGAAGAUGCACUGACUAGAAUUGAACUUGAAACACUUCAAAAACAGAAGAAAGUUAGAGUUAAAAAGCCAAAACCUGAAUUUCCUACAUACACACCUUUAGAAAAUACGUAUAUCCAGUCUUAUGAUCAUGGAACUUCUAUAGAAGAAAUUGAGGAGCAAAUGGAUGAUUGGCUAGAAAGCAGGAACAGAACACAGAAAAAACAGGCACCUGAAUGGACAGAAGAGGACCUUAGCCAACUGACAAGAAGUAUGGUUAAGUUCCCAGGAGGGACCCCAGGUCGAUGGGAAAAGAUUGCCCACGAUUUGGGUCGAUCUGUGACAGAUGUAACAACCAAAGCCAAGCAACUGAAGGAUUCUGUUACCUGCUCCCCAGGAAUGAUCAGGCUCUCCGAACUCAGGUCCUCCGCCCAGACCCCCAGGCCCACGAAGGCAGCGGUGGCCCUACCUGAUGACAUAAUCACCCAGCGGGAAGAGGACACCACGCAGGGCUCUCAGGUCCCCGAAGGCUGCGAGGCCCGGGUGCGGAGGCGGCUGGAGGAGAAGGAGAAGGCCCGCGGACGGAGGCAGAGGGACUUCGAGGAGGUGGUGGCGCCUCAGGCUGAGUCCAGUGACGAGGAGGAGGAGCCGCGGGAGCAGCUGUGGACACAGGGCCAGCAGCGGCUCCUGGAGCUCGCGCUGCAGCAGUACCCACGCGGUGCCGCCGACCGCUGGGACAGGAUCGCCCGCUGCGUCCCCGCCAAGAGCAAGGAGGACUGCAUCGCCAGGUACCGGCUGCUGGUGGAGUUGGUCCAGAGGAAGAAACAAGCAAAAAGCUGAGCGCACCCAGGACAAUGCCCGCCUUCGUUUUUCAUAAGGAAUAUUUGCAAAACUCUACACAGAAACUUGUAUUUUGUACCUCAGUAUUUCUAUACGUCAUGUGCCUUAGUAAAGAAAUAAACCCAUGAGAGACCUA